AUGGCGACAACCAAAAAAGCACGUACACACCCGCCAUACGAACUACUAUAUUGGCCAGAGAUUCCUGGGCGCGGCGAGUUCAUCCGACUGGUCUUUGAGGCAGCACGUGUCUCUUACAAGGACCCCGCCAACGAGCCUGAUGGGCCGGGUGCGCAAGUCGUCGUUUCCUUGACCUCGGGCGCAGAUGACAAACCACCCGUCUUCGCCCCACCUGCGCUCAAGGUGCCUGGCGAGGGCAAAGAUGGUGCUCCUCUGCUCCUCUACCAGACCCCAACCAUCCUCUCAUAUCUCGGCGACAAGCUGGGCCUCGCUGGCCAAGAUGAGGUGGACAAGACGACUGUCUUAUCCCACGCCCUCACCGCCCUGGACCUCAACAAUGAAACCCACGACACCCACCAUCCCAUAGCCGUGAGCAAGUACUAUGAGGACCAAAAGGAUGAAGCCCUCAAAAAGGCCACAGAAUUCCGCGAGAACCGCAUCCCAAAGUUCUUCUCUUUCUUCGAGCGCGUUUUGAAAGCCAAUGAGGCUCAAGGACAGGGCAAGUUCCUCGUUGGCAGCAAACUAACCUAUGCCGAUACCACCCUCUGGCAAGUCCUGAGCGGCCUCAAGUUCGCCUACCCCAAUGAGCUGAAAGCCAGAGAGAAGGACUACCCGUUGCUGUUUGGCUCCUUUUACGAAAAUGUGGCCGAGACCAAUGGGAUCAAGGAGUACCUGGCGAGUGAGAGAAGGCUGCCGUUUAGUAUGGGAGUCUUUAGGCAUUAUCCGGAGCUUGACCGGUCUUAG